CCGACUCCAAAUCAUGUCACAUUUAGUUGAAAACAAAUAAAUAAAGAUAGUCUGAUCAAAACAACAGCGGCUUUUAUGUUUAUCAAUAGAUAGUAGUGAUUGUAACCGGCAUAACUAUGUCGUCUCCGGCUAUAUCUGAUGAUGAUAAUAGUUUCGAGCAGCCGCGACGCUCGACUAGUCUUCAGGGCAGUAAGAAACCCGAAUCUAUCAACAUUAGCAGUGAUGAAGAUAGUGACAAAACAAUUGAAUAUGAUGGAGUCGUCAUUUCAUCUGAUGAAGACGAAGACCUUCCAAAUGUGCAGUUACCUUCAAAGAUCGAUGAACAGAAAGACAAAAUUAUUAAGAAUUUAUUUCCUGCCAGCGGCAAAGCAGCAAAGUCAAAAAAUGGUGCAAAAUUUACGUCAAAUGGUUCUAAUGUACCGCCUAGUGGCUCAGCAAGUGUUAGCUAUGAUCCUCCCAAGCCGCAGCCGCUACCAGGGCACCUGAAAAUGAUUGGAGGUGUCCCGGUCCACUUCCCUGUACCUCCUUACGGAGCCCAAAUUGCUUUGAUGUCCAAGGUGAUAGAAGGCAUCAACAAGGGCGUGAACUGCUUGCUGGAGAGCCCGACGGGGUCUGGCAAGACGCUGGCGCUGCUGUGCGGGGCCCUCGCCUGGCAGCAGCAUGAGAAGAACCGCAUCGGCAACUUCCAAGCGCAGCAGCUGGUGAGCCAGCACCCCGAGCUGGUAGAGCUGAAGGGAGCCGCGGAGGGCGUCGCCAGCCCCGCCGCGGUGGACCUCGGACACUUCGCCUUCCAGAAGGAGAAGUUUGGUGAGAAGAGCAUCUACGACAAGCCAGGGUGCUCGGGCGCUGGCGACGGCCCAGCACCCACCACCAAGAGGGCUGAACCACACGACGGCACUGAUGACACAUCUGAGCCCGGCCUAGUCUCUAUACACAAGAGGCGUAAAGUAGAGGAUGACGUCACUCCAUCCCUCACUCCGCUACAACUUACCCCCGAGAAGCAAAAUAUAUCAUCCCCAGUGAAGCCUGAAACACCCAAGAAUAUCAGGCAACUCUACAGCCUGGUCUCCAACCUGCAACUGAGGACAUCUAUGAUUGUUCGUUCCAGAGUGCCCACCAUCUACUACGGGGCUCGGACCCACAAGCAGAUCCAGCAGGUUGUGAAGGAAUUCAGCAGGACGGCGUAUUGUGGAGAGGCGACUAUGACGAUACUGUCGAGCAGAGAGUAUAGCUGUAUACGCCCGUUUGAUAGGAGUCUGUAUGCGAGCAAGAAUGACAUGUGUAAGGAGUGCGUUUCGAAGAGGAAGCCGAAGCACGACGAGCCCCGCCCCCAGCAAGAGGCUAGCAACUGCAAGUACUACGAGAACCGCGCCCGGCUCACCGCCCAGGACCUGCCGCCCGCCUUCGACCUCGAGGAGCUGGUGGCCGUAGGGCGGGAGAGGAACGCGUGUCCUUUCUAUGCGGCCCGGGCCAUGGCGGCCGGGGCGAAUAUUGUGUUCUGCCCGUAUAAUUAUCUGAUAGAUCCGUCGAUAAGAAGCAGCUUACAAAUCGAGCUGCAGGACGAGAUCGUGAUCCUGGACGAGGCGCACAACAUCGAGGACAUCUGCCGCGACGCCGCCACCUUCCUCUUCAGCAGGGACCAGAUCUUCGCCGCGUUGCAGGAGUUGGAGAAGUUAGCCGAGUACAGGUACGCUAACGAAGACAUACAGCCGGACGUGGCCUGCCUCAUACAGGCGCUCCGGAACUGGAACGACUGGUUCGCCAACCAGGCCCCGCUGAUCCUGAGCAAGCCGGUGAACGGCGGCGAGGCGGUGCACACGUGGGACGUCAAGCACUUCGUGGACACGUUGAAUAACCAUAAUAUAGGCAUCAAGCAGUAUGGAGAGUUCCGCGGCAGCGCAGAGUCGUUCUGCCGCAAGCUGCGCGACGAGCCAGCCGCGCUGUACGGCGUGGCGCAGGCCACCGGCAACGUCGUCGAGGCCAUCGGCAUCGUGCUCAGCUACCUGUUCCGAGAAGACGGCAAGCAGAUGGACGACUUCAAGCCGGCGCUCAUUCGCGGCGUGGAGACCAGCCCCGGCAGCGCGCCCGACGCGCAGGGCUGGCGGAGCACGCAGUAUGAACGGUCAGUCCAGAAAGAGACGCUCUCCCUCCGUCUCAUGUGCAUGUCUCCAGCCGUGGUGUUCUCCCAGCUCUCCCCGUGUCGCACCGUGUUACUAGCCAGCGGCACUCUGACGCCGCGCCACAGCCUGGCUUCAGAGCUGGGGGCGGCUUUCCCGCUGCAGGUCAGCCCCGGACACGUCAUCGCCGCUGACAGGGUAUGGAUAGGCACACUAACAACGUGCCCCAACGGCAAACCGCUCGAGUGUAAAUCAGCCGCUAUGAACCAAGUGGAAACCCAGGAUGCGCUGGGGCAGUGCGUGCUGUGGAGCUGCCAGGUCGCGCCGCACGGGGUGCUCUGCUUCCUGCCCUCCUACAUGCUGCUCAAUAAGCUGCAGAGACGGUGGCAGGAGACGGGGCUGUGGCGGAAACUAAACGACGCCAAGAAUGUGUUCAUGGAGAGCCGCAACGUCAAAGAGCAUAACGAGAUUAUGGAAGAGUACUACGCCACCGUGGGCACCCCCAAGGGCGCACUCCUGUUCGCCGUGUACCGCGGGAAGGUGUCCGAGGGAAUGGACUUCAAGGACCACCAGGCUCGAGCCGUCAUCACGGUGGGCAUCCCAUACCCCAACACGUUCGACAUGAUGGUCCGUGAGAAGAUGCAGUACAACGACCGCCACACCCGCGACAAGCAACUACUCAGCAGCAGCGAGUGGCUGCGAGUGCAGGCUUACAGAGCUCUGAACCAAGCGGUGGGUCGCUGCGUGCGGCACCGGCGCGACUGGGGCGCCGUGCUGCUGGUGGACGCGAGGUUCACGCAGCGUUACUACACGGAGCACCUGUCGCAGUGGGUCAACAACUUUCUGGGCAACAACCACAACACAUUCGAAGAGCUUGUGAACAGCGACAAUGGUCUAGAGAGGUUCAUGCAAACCAUGACAAUGAAGGAAAAAGAAGAAGAUGCCUUAUAGCUGUG